AUGGAUCAGCCCGGAAGGCGGAGUCCCCCGUCCCCACCCCGCCCCCCACCCCGGCCCCGGCGCAUCCAGAGGCGCAGGGUCCCUCCCCCAAACUCGGCCGCGGCCGGAGCCCGGGACGGAAACCACAGACCCCCCUACUAUCCCCCGCCAGACAACGGAGCUCCCGAACGCGCCCUCGCGGCGCCCCCUCCCCGCAAGCGGCAAACCCGGGGCCCCCAAAGAGCCGCGCGACCGGAACCCGGGCCCGGCCGCCGCCCUCCGCCCCUCGGGCCGGGCCCGCCCCCGCCGCCUCCCCGGCGCCCCCAGUCAGCCCCCAGCUCCCCACCCCGGCCCUCCGGGCUGCACCGGGCCCGGCUUCCAGCCGCCGCCGGGACCGCGCGCCCGCGACGAAGUUUGGCUCCGAAGAGGAGCGGGAGCAGCCCCGGAAGGAAUUUGCUCCAAUUGCCUCACCAAAAAUAUGAAAUGAAUAGCUUCGCUGCAAUGAAGACAGAUAGUAAACCAACAAGAAAUACAAGCAUUCCUGAUGAGUUGAUCCAGCCAUUUGGGUUUGACAUAUAUUAAUCCAUUUUGUGAAACUGCAGAAGACAAAUGGUUCUAAAUUUCAGGCUGUGUUCCUAGAAACCAAAAGUGUCUCCAGCUGGCUUAACAGUGAAAGCAUUACUUGUCAUGAUAUCAGACCAUUGGCACAUCAUGCAGUUGCUCCAUGGAACCUGAAGGUACUGCAUCCCUUCACUAAAACAUAUGCUUUUGAACCACUUUUUAGCCAAAGAAAUAAAUGCCCAGAUUGUUUCUUCACUUCCCACAGAAAUAUGAAUCAAGCCCACGUUGCAAAGAUGGCCUGUUCACUUUUGGGACAGUUAAUUCUAUCAAAUCCACUAAUUAAACAUUUAUUGAGCACUAAGACAAUGAGCUUCCUUUAAAGAGAGAAAUAGAUGACUGGUUCCUUUUGAUUAGGACUCUUAAAUGAACAUAUAAUUGUAACUGGUAAUAAGCCCUACUUGAAAAUAAACAGAAACAGUAGAAAAC